GUACCGCUUACUCGAAGAACACUCUCUAAACACGGCUCUUCUUCUUCUCUCAAUUUAUUGGCGGAUCGCAAACAACUUCCAGGUGCAUACCACCACCUACUGUACAAGAGUGUGCAAUGUGUCCGAAAUCAUUCACUACUCCCUACUACAUGUCAUAUAGCCUGUUUCUUAAAUCCUACUCGUAAACACGGCUCCUCCUUCUUCUGUGGUUUAAUGGCUGCAGGCUGCUGCGGGCGUGCAGACUUACUUCCGCCUCCGGGUGCCAUAUUCUGGUUUGCUGACUUCCGCUGUGUGUCCGACCCGACCGAGGCUACGCUAAAUAGCCAUAUAGAAAAAGGCUUUUUUGUCACUGUUGGGUUCAAAUAAAUAUGCGGAUCUUCAAGGUGGGGUGAUACGAAAUAGGGGCAGUUUUAUAAAUGGUAAAAAGUUCCUCACAGCUGCUUUAAGGAGGGACAAACUUGCAUUAGCAUACUGGAUUCGGUUAAGAGGAUGUGGGGAUGAAAACACUACCAAAAGUGUCCUAAAUGAAUGUUGGGAAUAUAAUAGUUUUAAGGGAAAAGGGUUUGGAUGGAAGAUCAAAGAUCAGCAUUAAGCAUGACACAUAUAACCAAUAUUUAAUUUGUAAAAGGUGAGCGUAAAGCACUAAUCAAGAAGAAAAUCGAUUAAUUUUGGCAGAAGAAGUGGGAUGAGGACAAUAAGGGCAGAACUUAUUAUGGAAUACAAAACACAGAGCAUUAAAGGAAGAAGUAGAAGACAGGAAGUAGUCUUGUCAAGAUUAAGAUUAGAUCACACUGGUUUGAAGGCAACUUUAUUUUUAUUGGGAAAAGUAAAUUUGCGGGGUUGCGCAAUUUGUAAUAAAUUAAAAAAUGUGGAACAUGUAAUUAUGCACUGUACUAAAUAUAAUGAAGAAAGGAUUACGUUACAACAAAGGGUGAGAGAGGCAGGACAAGACUGGAAUUGGAAGGGAUACAGGGAACCAAGGGAGAUAAGGUGUAGGGAAUGCAGAGGGGAGUAAUAGAUUUCUUAGUUAGUAAUGGUUUGUUUCAUAGAAUAUAGCUGCUGACUGUUUUGUUUGUUUAUUGUUACUAUUUGUUUAUUUAUUUAGUUAUUUAUUCUCAUAUAUAUGAUAUGAUAUAAUGUAAAACUAGAUCCUGUUCUACAUACUCCGGUACAGUAGGUGGCGGUAUGCACCUUUUAAGAUGGUUUUGCAAUCCACCAAAAAUAUUGAAAGAAGAAGAAAAGAAGUUAAAAAAAAACAGUGGUGACGUGGUAGGAGAGUGUGGAUUACAAACAACGAUAUUUGACGACGAUUUUCUGGACUUUGGACUUGGUGGUUGGCAUAAACAGAGGGCAUAAUAGUCAUUUUGAGCCACACUCCAUUCCAGUUGGUGGCGGUAAUGCACCAAUUCGUUGUUUGCCAACCGCCAAUAAACAGUAGAAGAAGAAGAAAAAACUCGCGCAUCGCGGAAGCACUUCCUGGAUUACUCGACACAGGCUUGGAAGCAUCAGCACAGCACGCAACAUCACGAGCCCAAACGCCUCUAGACAUUCAGCUUAAAACAACACACUUGGAAGAGUUCGUAUUUAAACGCUCACUACUGUUAAAGUGUGAAAAUGUCUAAAGUCCAAAUGCUGAGAUCGUUGUUGAAGCAGCGACUAACUGCGGCUGAUGGAGAGAUAUUUGGGCUGUUUGAAAUAACGAUAGCAGAGUACGAGGAGGAACUUUGUCGAUCAAAAGAGGAGAACGAGCGACAACGGAAACUACUGGACGCUGUUUUCAACCCUCAGCUUCGGUUACACAGAGCAGACGUCCAGCAGCUGUUGGUGGUUAAAGAAGAGGUUCCCCCUGAGCAGCAGGAGUGGAGCUCCAGUGUGGACCAGGAGGACCCAGAGCCUCCACACAUUAAAGAGGACCAGGAGGACCCAGAGCCUCCACACAUUAAAGAGGAACAGGAGUUCACAUUCUCCUCUGUCCCUGUGAAGAGUGAAGAUGAUGAAGAGAAACCUCAGUCCUCACAGCUUCAGGACUGUGGAGGACCAGAACCAGCCAGGAACUCAGAUCCAGAUACACAUUUACAACUUGAGACUGAUGACAGUGACGAUGAUGAUGAUUGGACAGAGACCAGAGAACCUCAGUCAGGUUUAAACUCUCUUAGAAAUGAUGAAGACCCUGUGAGUGAUUUGGAAUAUAGUGCUGAUGAGAAACCAUUUAGCUGCUCUGAGUGUGGGAAAAAAUAUAGUCACAGUUCAACACUGACAAUACACAUGAGAUCCCAUACAGGAGAAAGACCAUUUAGCUGCUCUGUGUGUGGGAAAAGAUUUUGUAAAAGUGGAGUUCUGAAGACACACAUGACAACUCACACAGGAGAAAAACCAAUAAGCUGCUCUGAGUGUGGGAAAAGAUUUUCUCAAAAAGGUCAUCUGAAGACACACAUGAGAACUCAUACAGGAGAAAAACCAUUUAGCUGCUCUGAGUGUGGGAAAAGAUUUUCUCAAAACGAUCAUCUGAAGACACACAUGACAACUCACACAGGAGAAAAACCAUAUAUCUGCUCUGAGUGUGGGAAAAGAUUUCCUCAAAAAACUCAUCUGAAGACACACAUGAGAACUCACACAGGAGAAAAAACAUUUAGCUCCUCUGAGUGUGGGAAAAGAUUUUCUCAAAACGAUAAUCUGAAGACACACAUGACAACUCACACAGGAGAAAAAACAUUUAGCUGCUCUGAGUGUGGGAAAAGAUUUCCUCGAAGUGGAGAUGUGAGGAGACACAUGAGAUUUCAUACAGGAGAAAGACCAUUUAGCUGCUCUGAGUGUGGGAAAAGAUUUUUUCAGUCAGGUGCUCUAAAGGCACACAUAAGAACUCAUACAGGAGAAAGACCAUUUAGCUGCUCUGUGUGCGGGAAAAGAUUUUCUCAGUCAGGUGCUCUGAAGGCACACAUGAGAACUCAUACAGGAGAAAGACCAUUUAGUUGCUCUGAGUGCGGGAAAAGAUUUUCUCAUUCAGGUGAUCUGAAGUCACACAUGAGAUCUCAUACAGGAGAAAGACCAUUCACCUGCUCUGAGUGUGGGAAAAGAUAUUCUCGCUCAAAUACUCUGAAGAGACACAUGAGAUCUCAUACAGGGGUUUGGAAAGAUAUUCCUGCGCAAAGAAAACUUAGUUGGUCACGUGACAAUCCACACAGGAGAGAAACCUCUCAGCUGCCAUGUUUGUGACCAGAGAUUCACUUGGCCUCACCAACUCAGAAACCAUCAGUAUGUUGGUUGUCAGUCCUCACAGCCUCAUCAAAGUGAAACUGAGGAGAACAGAGAGGCAGAGCCUCCAGCCAGCAGCUCAGCUGAACAGAUGGAAACAGAGGCUGAUGGAAAGGACUGUGGAGGACCAGAACCAGCCAGGAACUCAGAUCCAGAUACACAUUUACAACUUAAGAUUGAUGACAAGACUGCAGAGUCUUCUGAACCUGAGACUGAUGAUAGUGACGAUGAUUGGAAAGAGACCAGAUUUUUUAUUAUUUUUUAUAUUUACAGUAUUUGCCAGUUGCAUUGGAGCUCCAUGGUCACAAAAUGCGACUGCGAGUCACAGUUUGGAUCUCUCCUGGUCACACUGUCGUUUAACUCAUUAAGUUAAACUCUUACAGCUGCGCCGCUAAAGAUGGAUGAUUUAUUCAUAAUGAUAGCAGAGUAAGAGGAGGAACUUUGUCGAUGAAAAGAGGAGAACGAGCGACAACGGAAACUACUGGACACUGUUUCCAACCCUCAGCUUUGGUUACACAGAGCA